AUGGAUUCCCCCGCCAAACGACGGAAAAUCAGCGGAACCGCGGGCAUCCCAGUGGUGCCUGAACUCCCAAAGAAUGGAUCACGUAUACCAAGGCGGCCUUCAUAUCAGUCACCGACUAGAGCCAGUCUUGCGCGAACGAACCCAGAUGCAUUAGAGCGCGCGCUCAGCAGAUCGCCCAGCCGACAACCCACAAACAAAGGCGACAAAGAACAGAAUCCUCGAGUCCUGGGGCUCCGCGAUCGCAAAGCCCUGAGGCCCUCGCUCAAUGCCUCUGCGAGUCCGCUCACUCGACCGAGAGGGUCUGAAGCCGCAGAGAGUUCGCCAAGCAGGCGCGCAAGUGGCAUACAGGCGUUUUCGAAGCCUCCGCGCAGGAUAUCAAAGAGGAUUUUGCCUGGUGAUCUUGUUUUCGGUUCUCCACUUCCACCAGCAACGAAUCCAGAACCCGAUACCCCCGAGGGUCAAUUGGCAUCGGAAUUGGGCAGUGCUACAAGAGAUGCGGAGAUUGAUUUCGGACCAGAGCCUGGAUUUAUGGAUGAAGACUCGGCUGAGCCUGAUUUACCUCCUACUCCCACGCAGCUGGGUUUAGAAAAAGCCCCAGAUCGACCAAGAGGAUUGAGCAGCAGCCCGAGCAUGCGACUGGAGAAACGAUCAAAACGACGGUUACACAACCCAGUGCAUGAAAGUCCAUUAAAGGCAGUGAAUUUCUAUUCUCCUCCCUCCGAGGAGGAAGAUACAGAGUCAGCUUCAUACCCCAAUGGAUAUUCAAUGAUAGUCCGAGAGAAGCAAGUUGCGCGCAAGAAGACUGCUGCAGACUUGCGAAGACUGAAGAAAGAAGUUGAGGAGUCUUUGCUUACAUCCGAAGAGGCCAAUCGCACGAUUCAACCAAUACCACAGAAAGCCCCCAAAACUAUGUCUUCUCUUCUCGCCACUCUACUUCCAUUCUCCGCCAGUAUACCCCAACCAAAACGACAAGCAUCACCAUUACCAACGAACCCAUUCGCGUUGGAAGAAAACGCCCAGACACUCCCGUAUCUCACAGUCUUUGCGCCGCUCAAACUCAAGACCCGUACAACUCAAUCAUCACACAGGGGAGAGUUAUCAGAAACACACACUCUAACAUUCUCCCCACCAGCCCCAUUCCCAUCAAAUCUCUAUAACGUGACAGUUGUCUACGAGGCAAACCCACACACUCAAUGCUUGAAAUCAUUGUCAGUACCCACUGGCGGUGACAGCAAAAAGCGAAAAGUCCCCGAGCCUCUUCGCCGCUGGAUAGAUUCCCGACUAGAGAACUCGCUCCUGAAACUCGAUGUGGUGACUCUGUGCUGGGGUAUCAAUCGUUACUGGGAAAGCACAUUCGCGCGUGCCCGACUAUGGGCACACAUCGACCAGAAAUACGGGUCGAGGGCUACCAAGGACAGCGAGACUGAACCUGCGAGUGAAGAUGGGACCGUGACCAUGUCGGAAUUACGAAGGCUGGUUCCUCAUCUUGAUCGAAGUUCUAUGUUUCUUAAGAAUGAGUCUUUUGCUUCCAGUCCUCGGGUCAUGGUCUCAAAUACUUUGGUAUUGGAUGAAUGGUCUGGGGAGCCUCAGUUGCGGCCUGAGAUUAGUGUCUCUGUUCCUGGCGCGGACAAAAGAAUAGACCAUGAGACGAAGAAGCUUUUCCAUGCGCUGUUGCAUGGAGAUCAAGGACCACGCAGGGGCGUUGAAGGAGGUGUUCAUGUUGAUGCGAUUUUGAGGGCGACGGAGGGAGCCCUGGGUGCUUUGUUUGGUCGUCUGUGA